CAAACCUGUUUUGACAAUAAACAACUAAAUUGCACGAAAUACUAUAAAAAUGGGUCAACUCCUUAGUAACUGUUUGUUAUCAUAGCAACGGCAGAGUUUAGUCAAUAAUCACUUUUAAAGCGGCACACUCGCACGUGAAUUACAAAAGCUAGAAGAGAAUUCUAUAAAAUAUAAUCUAAAAGAAAUAAUAACAUCCACAUUUCCCCAAGACUCGGAAAUAUUGAAAACAUCAUCAAAGUUUUAGGAAAAAUAAAAAAACAUAAAACAAAAAUGACAACAGCAGAGAAAGGCGACUACCUCUCCUUCGGAGACAGAAACAACGGACUAUCAACAAUAAAAACUUGGCACGAACACAACCAACUAGUCUUAAAAGGCGACAUAAUACGAACGACUGACAAAAAUACUGCGAUCACCAAAAACAGCAUUAUAAAAGUCAACCACACAUCUUGCGAAGACUUCAGCGAUAGUACUGAUCAGCUAAAACAUAGAGCAAGACAUAUAAACUACUGGAAAGCUGAACUAGAAAGGGCUAUAAGAGAUAUGGACGCAGAAAUCAAUAUACUAGAAGCUCAAAGACAACAGCUAAAAAACGCAAUGGAUACUUUGAAAAUACCAGAAUACAUAAAUGAAGAAUGCUUAGAUUUAAGAAGAAUGCGAAUGCAAUCGGAUUUGAUUUACGAUGAACCGCAAGAAGAUUUGUUCACUGAGUCGGCUUUGAUAGAAAACGUUAAAAAAUUGCAUAGAGACUUGCUAAGGGACGUUGAGUACCAGCUGGAUAUGAAUGUGGCGUCCAAAACUUGGUUGGAAAGAGAUUGGAGUGACAAGCAAUUGGCCUUUAAAUAUGAAAGUGAAAAUGCUUACUUGGAAACCAAAGCUGUCAAUGUCAAAGAUUCUGCGGGCGCUACUCGACUUUCUGAAGGUCAAUCGAACGUACCAUCGUGGGAACAAUACACGAUAAACGCUUUAAACGAAUUCAAAAUAUCCAUCGACAAAUCAAAAGCUUUGCGAGCAAAAGUGGACGCCAUCCUAAUAAACACAUCGAGGGAUCUUCGUUCGCAAGACAUCAAAGUGAACAAGUCGUUAAGCGAAAGGAUCGCUCGAACGGAACAAGUAAAGACCGAACUAGAAAACCAGUUAAAGUUGACCCUCGAAAAGAUAGUUGAGACGGAGAACAUUCUAGAGAUGUUACAUGAAGAAAUGUUGAAGGUAUCGCAGAGAAUACAAGUGGCGCAAACAAGAUUGAACACUAAAAACUGUAGGCCUAACGUCGAGAAUUGCAGGGAAGGGUCUUUAGUAGCCUUAAUAGAAGAAGUAAGAGAUUUGAAUGACAGUAUGAGUCUGUUACAAAAGCGUUCGUUGGAGACUGAGAAAUUGAGGGCGGAGUUAAUACACGAACGGUCUAUUCUGGAGAAUGAGAUCAUUGUUAAGAAGAAGACGUUGCAUCUUGAUAAUGAGCGAUGUUUGUUCUUGAGAUCGCAUUACCAGUCUGCUGAGAAAAUGUGUGGUUUCUAAUUGUUUGGCACUUGAAGAAGGUUUUGUAGAUUUCAGAAUUAAGGCUUGUGAAACUACCCUCACAAUUAUCAUACUUAGCACCUUUAGACUUAAAAAUGCCUUAUCUAUUACAUUGGUUAUGUAGGAUUUUUUUAAAAACAAGAGUAGGUAUUGUAAAUUAAACUGUGAGCUAAAAUCUUCACAUAUGAUGAAUGUAAGAAAUAUAUAAUGCACGUGUGUUUAAAACAAAUGGAUUUUUAAUUGAAUGCGUUUAUCGCAAAACAAACUAUUGUCUAAAACUAAAGUUUGGAUAAAGUAAGUCCUACAACUAAUUGCCUGUUUAAGUU